UUUUUUUUACUUUUUCAAUCCACGCUACGAAAAAAGUCCCGUCUUUUUCUCAUAAUACAAGACCUAGGGUUUUUACGUCCUCAAAUUUCCACGCGAAAUCGUUCAGAAAACUAGGGUUAGCUUCCUCCAUUGUUCGAACCUAGGGUUUGAUCAUGGCGAUGCCAGAGAGGAAGACGAUAGAUUUGGACCAGGGAUGGGCUUUUAUGCAGAAGGGGAUCACAAAGCUCAAGAACAUCUUGGAAGGGCUCGCUGAGCCCCAAUUCGAUCCAGAGAAUUACAUGAUGCUCUAUACAACGAUAUAUAAUAUGUGCACUCAGAAGCCGCCACAUGAUUACUCGCAACAGCUUUAUGAGAAGUAUCAGCAGUCGUUUGAGGAGUACAUCACUACAACGGUAUUACCAUCUAUAAAAGAGAAGCAUGAUGAGUUUAUGUUGAGGGAAUUAGUGCAAAGGUGGAUGAAUCAUAAAGUCAUGGUUAGGUGGCUUUCUCGUUUUUUCCAUUACUUGGACCGCUAUUUCGUUGCCCGGAGGUCUCUUCCUGCGCUCAAUGAAGUUGGAUUGACCUGCUUCCGGGAUUUGGUUUUUAAUGAGAUCAAAGUUAAAGUCAGGGAUGCUGUGAUCUCCUUGAUUGAUCAAGAACGUGAGGGUGAACAAAUAGAUAGAGCAUUGCUAAAAAAUGUCCUGGGCAUAUUUGUUGAAAUUGGUUUGGGCAGUAUGGAGUGCUAUGAAAAUGAUUUCGAAGCAGCUAUGUUGGGUGAUACUGCUGCCUAUUAUUCUCGAAAGGCAACGAAUUGGAUCCUAGAGGAUACAUGUCCAGAUUACAUGUUGAAGGCUGAAGAAUGCCUUAAGCGUGAGAAGGAUAGAGUUUCACAUUACUUGCAUUCCAGCAGUGAACCAAAGUUGUUGGAGAAAGCGCAACAUGAAUUACUCUCUGUAUAUCUCAACCAACUUCUCGAAAAAGAGCAUUCUGGAUGCAAUGCAUUACUUCGAGACGACAAGGUGGACGAUCUCUCAAGGAUGUAUAGGCUCUUUUGUAGGGUUCCUCAUGGCCUUGAUCCUGUUUCAACGAUGUUCAAACAACAUGUUACUUCUGAAGGUCUAGCCUUAGUCAAACAAGCAGAAGAUGCAGCUAAUAACAAGAAGGCAGAGAAGAGGGAUGUGGUUGGUUUGCAAGAACAGGUUUUCGUCAGAAAAAUUAUUGAAUUGCACGACAAGUAUCUGGCUUAUGUACAAAAUUGCUUCCAGAACCAUUCUCUUUUCCACAAGGCUCUUAAAGAGGCUUUCGAAGUUUUUUGCAACAAGUCUGUUGCAGGCAGCUCAAGCGCUGAGUUGCUGGCUUCCUUCUGUGAUAAUAUACUUAAGAAGGGUGGGAAUGAGAAAUUAAGCGACGAAGCCAUUGAAGAGACCCUCGAGAAGGUGGUUAAGCUGCUUGCAUAUAUUAGCGACAAAGAUUUCUUUGCAGAAUUUUAUAGGAAAAAACUUGCUCGGAGGUUGCUGUUUGACAAAAGUGCAAAUGAUGAGCAUGAAAGGAGUAUAUUAACAAAGCUGAAGCAGCAGUGUGGAGGGCAAUUUACCUCCAAGAUGGAGGGAAUGGUUACAGAUUUGACCUUGGCAAAAGAGAACCAAACCAACUUUGAGGAGUAUCUUAGGGAUAAUAAAAACGUAAAUCCGGGAAUUGACUUAACUGUUAAUGUCUUGACUACUGGAUUCUGGCCAACCUAUAAAUCUUUUGACCUCAGCCUUCCUGCGGAGAUGACUAAAUGUAUUGAAGUUUUCAAGGAGUUCUAUCAAACAAAAACCAAGCACAGAAAGCUCACAUGGAUAUACUCAUUGGGUACUUGUCAUAUUCUCGGGAAGUUUGAAGCCAAGAAUAUCGAGCUGGUUGUCACGACUUAUCAGGCUGCAGCAUUGUUGCUUUUUAAUAACUCAGAUAGGUUGAGUUAUUCUGAGAUUAUGGCUCAGCUGAACUUGUCAGACGAUGACGUGAUCAGACUACUUCACUCUCUUUCUUGCGCAAAAUACAAGAUUCUUAACAAAGAGCCAAAUACCAAAUCCAUCACCAAGACUGAUCAUUUUGAGUUCAACUCCAAGUUCACUGAUAAAAUGAGAAGGAUCAAGAUUCCUCUACCCCCAGUGGAUGAGAAAAAGAAGGUAAUCGAAGAUGUUGAUAAAGAUCGAAGAUAUGCUAUUGAUGCCUCAAUUGUGCGAAUUAUGAAGUCCCGCAAAGUUUUGAAUCAUCAGCAGUUGGUAACGGAAUGUGUUGAGCAGCUUAGCCGCAUGUUCAAGCCCGACUUCAAGGCAAUCAAGAAAAGAAUAGAAGACCUCAUCACCAGAGAUUAUCUUGAAAGGGAGAAGGACAACCCUAACGUCUACAAAUAUCUCGCAUGAUCGAUACAUACAAUUUUGGCAAAGGAAUAUCCCACUUGGCUUUUAACUUUUUCCCUUUUUUCCCCUUUUUCCACCCUUUACAGGCUACCAUCACUAGUUUUUGAACCCCAACUAGCACCUAACGAUGGGGGUUAUUCAUGAUUACACACUGUUUCAUGUUUUUGGUGGUUGCAUUCAAAUUCCUGGGAAACGUUGGUUUGAAAUGAUGAGAUUAGCUACCAGAAAAGUUUGUACUUCUGCCUUAGCACAGCAGUUAUAUAUAAUUUUAAGUGGUAUUCAGGCCUGAAUUGUACAUAUAAUUGCAUGCAGCUGUACAAAAUACAUUACUUUUUGGUUCUUGUUAGAGAGAGCCUGAACUUGUGAAAGAGUAGUCACGUUCAGUUAAUUCUAUGGUGAAGCAUUCA